CUUCGUCAAGAGAAAGCAUCCUCCCAUCUUCCUCUGUUUUUGCUGCGCUUUCGUCUUCCUCGGAGACUCUGUUCCUAGAGAGAGAAAGUAGAGAGAGAGGGAGGGAGAUGAGCAGGAACAGCAGCAGCAGGCUGAACUCGGUGUUCUACGCGGAGUCGUACCACCCGAUCCAGGCGGGCAGCAUCGACGGCACCGACGUCCUCCCCCAUGACAACGCCGUCUACCGCGCCCACCUCUGCUCCUCCGCCGCCCUCUAUGACCCGUUUGGCGAUCCCAAGGCCGUAGGCGACCCGUACUGCACCCUCUUCGUCGGGCGCCUCUUCCACUUCACCUCCGAGGACACUCUCCGCAAGGCUAUGAGCAAGUAUGGUCAUGUGAAAAACUUGCGCUUGGUCAGGCACAUUGUGACUGGUGCCUCAAGAGGUUAUGCUUUUGUUGAAUAUGAAACUGAAAGAGAAAUGAGACGUGCAUAUAAGUCGCCCAAUCCCAUUGGAUGACUUGAAGAGGCUGGGCAUUCCACCUCCUCCAGAGGAACGUCCCUUGUCUCGCUUUGAGGUUCCAUCACCCCCUAGAAGAGGACAGGGUUUGUUAGAUAAGGAAGAAGGAUCUCACAGAAGCUCUAGCAACAGAGAAGAGCAUACUCACAGAGGAAACUCCGAGGACAGGGAAGAUCGCGUGCAUGGGAGGAGCCCUGGUGAUACAUUAGAUCACUCUUACGACAAAAGUUCCCAAGGAAGAACAUCGCCAUGACAAGAGGCGCCAUCAGGAUCAGGAGUUUUCCAAUAGGAAGAGCUCGCUGGAAUUAGAAGAGAAGCACCAUUACAGAAGCUCUGUGGAGAAGGAAGAAACUGUAAGAAGCUCUUUGGAUGGGGAAGAGCGCUCUCGCAAACGGAGCUCCAUUGAUGAUGAUGGACGUAUCAAGAAAAGGAGCAGAAGAAGUUCAUCGGAGAGAGAGGAUCAUAAAGAGAGAGACUCGUCUGAUAGAGAGGAGCGCCAUCACAAAAGCAGGUCUCGAGAUGAGAAAGAACGCUCUUAUAAGCGUCACAAACAUCGUGAGAGAUCCCAUCAGCAUGAGGGGAAAAGAUCAAUCAGUCAAGAAUAUCCAUCUGAUUAUUGAUUUUUGGGCAGUUUGCCUUUGGUUUGAAUCCAGAGAAACAUGCACGUAGGGAUUGCUUUUUGCUUGCCUUCUACAGAGUGUAAUAAGGAGAAUGAUGUGCAUAGAGAUUUUAAGUAAUUUUACCUCUCAUGCUGAGGCGUCCUCGACAUUACUACAACGAGGCCACAGAGAGUGACCAGCGGGACUUUUGCAGAGGAUGGUUAUUGAUUUUAAGAGAGAUAGUCGUCUUGUUGCUGUGAUUGAGUUUAACCAGAGGUGUGAAUACGGAAGGCAUACUGAGGGAGAAGUCGUCUUGUUUCUGUGACUGAGUUUAACCAGAGGCAUGAAUACGAAAGGCAAACUGAGGGAGACUUCGCCAUCCGGAACACCUAAUUCCUUCCGGAGGUAGUCCAUCUGAGUCACAACUUUUAGAUGUGCCAACAAUUGUCAUUGAAAGCAACUCUUCAAUUGGAUAUAUGACGGGUUGUGCUCAGAUUGGGAAGGGAAAUCGAAUUGUUAUCGCAUAAGCGCAGGCUAGCGCACCUUUUCAUCUUUUAGGCACUCUAGUGCUAGUCUUUUGUUAUUCGUAACAUAAUUUCCUUCUCAGGAAGCUGCUUCACUCCCACGCAGAAGACAAUACUAAGGUCUGUAUCCUUUCGGUCUGUUUAAGGCCCAAUUCUCUAAAUUUCUCUGCUGAAAAAAUCAUCUCACAGUUCAUCUACUCAUCUCGAGGGAGGACGGGGUCCCCCUAA